UUUCCUUAUACUGUACUCGCUUUCAAAGUUGUAACCUUUGCGGUGGUUAAGAGAUCAUCAUCAUCUCUCAGAUCGAAUUUGCAACGAGAGUGUUGUUGUAAAAGGGAUGGCAGGUCGGUACGAUCGGAACCCCUUCGCCGAAGGAGACGAAGUCAAUCCUUUUGCUAAUCCUGGAAGUGCACCCGCUGCUUCGAGUUCCAGACUAUCGCCUCUGCCUCCGGAACCUGCUGGUUUUGGCUAUGGUCGCACCGUUGACGUUCCUCUUGACAGACCUGCUGGGUCUGGUACUGCAAAGGAUCUGAAGAAGAAAGAGAAGGAGCUUCAAGCCAAAGAAGCUGAGCUUAAACGACGCGAGCAGGAUAUCAAACGGAAAGAAGAUGCUGCUGCACGAGCCGGAAUUGUAAUCGAGGUGAAAAACUGGCCCCCCUUGUUCCCUCUUAUCCACCAUGACAUUGCAAAUGAAAUUCCCAUUCCUCUCCAAAGGCUUCAGUAUAUUGCCUUUUCUACUUAUUUGGGGUUGGUUCUUGCACUUUUCUGGAACAUCAUCGCCGUUACUACAGCUUGGAUCAAAGGAGGAGGAGUAACGAUUUGGCUUCUUGCUCUUAUUUACUUCAUCUCCGGUGUCCCCGGAGGCUAUGUGUUAUGGUAUCGUCCUCUCUACCGCGCCUUCAGAAAUGAGAGCGUAUUGAGCUUUGGAUGGUUUUUCUUGUUCUACAUGCUCCACAUAGCUUUCUGCGUCUUUGCUGCAGUUGCUCCUCCUAUUUUCUUCAAAGGAAACUCACUUGCGGGAAUAUUACCUGCGUUAGAUAUGUUGAGCAGUCAGGCAUUGGUCGGAAUCUUCUACUUCAUCGGGUUUGCGUUUUUCUGCCUUGAGUCAGUGGUCAGCAUCUGGGUUAUUCAGCAAGUAUACAUGUACUUCCGAGGGAGCGGGAAAGCAGAUGAGAUGAAAAGGGAUGCUGCAAGAGGAGCCAUGAGAGCUGCCAUAUGAUGCACAAAUGAUUUUAACUCAUGAUCUCUCGUGUGUAACUUGUUACAUUUCUUCAGCUCUUUAACCUUUUUUUUUGUUUUGUUUUUACAGCAGCAAACUAAAAAAUAAGAAAAAAGGAAAGAUUUGUGUA